GCGAUGGUUAAACGCAAAUCAAAGUGGUUUUUAAUAAGUUACCUAAAAAAUAACAGUUUGAAGUCCGGCAAAUGCGUGUUGUGGCCAGUCGUAUAGAUCUCCAACAGUCGUCACGUCAACAUGGCGCGCCGUCUAGACACCGUGCAGUUUUUGGCUGUCAUCGUGAUUGUUGUUCAACAUUUGAUUCAUUUGGUCGAAUGCGAAAACAAAAGGAUCGUAAUUUUCAUGCCUAGUCGGAUCAAAACAGUGCACCAUCACCAUCACCACGUGGUGCUGAUGGAUCCAAAGACGAAAACGAUGACACACACAAAACCGUACUCGGGUAAGUCGUCGUCGUCGUCGAUCACGUCCUCGUCUGCCGAGGUAGACUACCAACAGCAACGAGACCGCCAUCGUCUUUAUCAACUCCAACGACAGCAGCAACAGCAGCAAGAAUCUGAGGAAGCUGAAAGUCAUCCUUUGUCAUAUUUUCAACAGCGGACGACUGUAAGGACCAGAGACCCGAACACCGUCCAGUAUCCGGUAUCGCAACUGCAACCUGCAGUGAUGCACUUGCAGCCGUUGCAAAGGUAUCCAAAUUGGCCACCUAGGCAGAAGAGGUCCAAAGUCAUAGCCAGACUGGUACACACCCAUGAUAAUUAAACCCGCUUGGCCGUAUUCAAAGUCGWAUUUAUUUUCUGYGAACACUAUCCGUUACAUUUAAUGCACAGCGACRUCUGCUGCAUUUAAUUUCAAAUUGUUAUGGUCAUUCGCCAUGGUAUUAUAACAACAUUAUUAUAUUAUCCCUUCAGUGUACAUGUWGGUAAGGUAUAGCGUGGGGCUUCUAUUCCGAACUCUGUAAUGUCUGUCUCCACAACAUCAAAUCUUCAAGGCACUUAUAUAUAUACGUGUAUGGGUACCAUUCCAUUUAUCACUUCACGUCGAAAAACGUGUUAUAAGUAUACGUAAACUGAUUUCUGGAAAUAUCAGACAGAACAUCAGGCCAUCGGGUACCUAUUAUAAUAACAUUGUAUUUAUUCGAGGUGAUACCAUGGCAUAUCAUAUUAAUACCAACGUUCAUAAAUAUGCAUAGCUACUAUUAUAUUAUAAUACAAAAGUUUAAUCAUAUUGUAGUAGUAAUAGUACAUAAAUAACGAUAUAAUAAUAUAUAGCUCAUUUAGUUAAUAUGAGUCAUCAAUGAUAAUGAUAUUUUUAAAUUUAAAUUAAAUUCUUUAUGUCCUUYAUUAUGUUGUCUAUCAACUUUUACAUAUUUUAAUAAUUUUUAAACGGGUAUUAUAGAUAUAGAAAUAUUCAAUGUAAAUUUAUUAAAAACUACACAGUGUUAAACUAUAGGUACGUCUUAUUCGCUAUACACGAUAAACUUAAUAGUUCUAGACGUUCUAGUACCUACCUAAUAUUAUAUUAUACCUAGUAUAAGAAUAAGAAAUUAUAUUUAAA